AUGGGUAGUGCCUACCACUGGGAGGCUCGGCGUCGGCAGAUGGCAUUGGACCGGAGGAAGGCGUUAAUGGCACAGCAGCAAGAGCAGGAAGCAAAAAAACCGGAAGAGAAGAAACAGCAUUCUGAGAAAACAUCUCAGCCACAUCAGGAUUCAAAAGGGCCACAGCAGGAUGCAAAGGGGACACAUCAGGAUGCAAAGGGGACACAACAGGAUGCAAAGGGGACACAACAGGAUGCAAAAUGCCCACCACCUACACAGCCACAGCAGCAGGCAAAGCCGCAGGAGCAGGCACAAGCACAGCCACCUGGGCCAAAGUCACAAAAGGAGCCCGACCCUCCUACACAGAGCACCUUCAAGGACAGCCUCCAGAAGGACACCCAAAAGCAAGGAUCCCAGACUAGAUCCUCGGGAGCUCAACAAGACUGCCAGCAAGCCUGUAAAGUGUGCGAUAAACCUCCAGUCCUUCCAGGCCCUGGUCUCACGAAUGUUUGCCAGCCUGCCUCUUCUAAAUAUUCCCGACUCACGUCAACUAAUUACAUCCAGCAGUGGUGA